GCCGAGGAAGCUCUGUCAAUGGCCAUUUUGGCUACCAAGCCAGGUAAAGUUGUGGCUGUAGUGGGAAUUGGAAAUACAAACCAAACCAUCCCGGCAUUCCAUGCCCUAGUUAAUGAAAUUGACAUAUGUUUUUGUUUUGCCUACAAAAAAUGUCAUGAAAUUGCAAUCGAGUUAGUGACCUCUGGCAAAGUGGACAUCAAACCGCUGAUCACUCAUCGAUUUAAACUGGACAAGGCUUUUGAGGCGUUUGAGUUAGCCAGGAAUAGACAAGGGAUGAAGGUGGCCAUCGCAUGUAACGACUAUUAACUGUAAAAGAAGACAGCUAUCAUAUAGAAUGAAACAAAAAUCAGCAAAGUUUAACAAGAUGAUUUUUGACAAGAUAAUUUUGCUUUCACACACAUGUUCUAGUAAACGUUGAGUUUAGAUAUAAUAGGCUUAACAAACAUACAAAUCUGUAUGUCUAAUAGGUGAAGGGGCCAUACCUUCUUGUGCAAAUCUAGCGGCGUUUAUGUAUUAGUAUACAGUACAUGUUUUCCUAUUCGGUAUCUGUAUAUUUGCAAGCUUUGCUAUCAUGAAUGAGAAGUGGCGAGACUAAACAUUUUACCUUUGUGAACAUGUAUGUGUGCUGUUAGAGUGAUAUUAUGAGCUCCCGCAUCACUGGUGCUCCUUUUUUGAGACGAAAGUUGAAGGGAUAAGAACUCCUCAUAUGAAAUAAAUACAUUGUAAUUAAACAUCUAAUAGGAAUAUAAUAAAUUUAAUUUUACCACCAAAAAUGCGGUUAAUGCAAUUGUUCUAAAAUAUGUGCUUGUUAUUGGACCAUGUGGACCGUCAUCUCAGAGUAAUGUUCGCUUAAGAUAUUGUAACAAAAAACACUUUUAAAAUCAAAUAACUUUGUUGCCGACACGACAGAAAUUAUGUACGUUAUCAUUUUUAUUUUAUAUUUUCCACGCUGUUCUUAUGUUUAUUUAUAUUGCGUUAGAGAAGAAACUAAAACACUGCUCAAUAUUAAGUAACAUCUAUUCAUCUAGUCAUGUGAUCAACUGUAUAAAAGCCGAUGUUGCAUGUACUCUGCGCGGUCAUUUAUAUACUUACUGGCAGAGUGGAGGUAUGUUACGAUAUUACGUGUAGAUUGUGUAAAAUUUAUGUGUUUAAAUAAAGUGUAAUUCAAUUAUAUAGAGAUAUUUUGUGUAGUUUACAAAAGUUUACAUAAGUUUACUUAAGUUUAAUCAGUAACAUAAGUUAUUAGCAUCGUGUUUAUUAAAGUUUAUAUUAGUAUGGGUGUGGCAUUUUCAUGACCAACACGCACAUGUAUAUUUAUGUUAUCAAAUAAAUUUACAGUACCAGCUCAGAUUGCUAUGGCCGUAUCUGAGCAGCCAGUUGCUAGCGGAGAAAGCGAGUCUGGAUAUUGUUCUAGUGUGAGUGUUUUAAAAUUAAAUAAUAAAUAGUAAAAACUUACACACAUGCAAAGAUCAAUUAUUUGUUGUUAAGAUCACAUGAAUUAAGUUGUUUAGUAUAUCUAGUUUAUUUAUCUUUAUUUCACUGUAUUGUUAUUAUUAUUUUUUUCUUUUUCUUUUCUUUUUAUAGU